AUGAGCCAUAAAGGACGGCAGGGGAGGAUGAGCGAGUGUUCCGGGGCGGCGGUUUCCGGGGCGGUGAUCCUGGAGGAGCCGGAGGCUUCGGGGGCUUCUGGGGGUCGCGCAGAGGACCAGGCCCAGGAUCAGGGGCCCCUUCGCUGUCCCGUCUGGCCCCGCCAGCAGACGUGGCUGUGUGUGGUCCCGUUGCUUAUCGGAUUCAUCGGCCUGGGAUUGAGCCUGAUGCUGCUGAAGUGGAUCGUCGUCGGCACCGUGCGGGAUUACGUACCGACGGACCUGGUGGAUGUGAACCGGAUAGGCCAGGAUCCGAUCUUCCUCUCCAAGCCCAGCGGGGUUCCCAAAAGUCCCGAUACCACGACCACAACGACUACCCCUGCAGUUGAUGGCGGGAACCCCACACCGAGAACCGUAGCCAUUGCGAAGGGCAGAACCCGCGCCACCACCACGACUCUAAACCCUCGAGGCGGCGGCGCCUCGGGGAGCCAAGUCACCCCGCGGAAUCCUGCCAAUCGGAACGGACGCGGACCGUCUGGGUUUACGACGACCGCCGCGGCGCCGCAGACGACCUUCGGAAUUGGAACGUCGACGUCGAACCCGUCGCCGUCGAACCCGACCGUGCUCCACGACUCCACGCAGACGUGGAGCCCGGAGCACACGACCACCGAGGCGGCCGCCACCACGCGGACGCACGGACACCGCAAAACACCGUCCCCGACGGUGCCGCCGCUGCACUCGGAGCACUUCAAGCCGUGCCACGAGAAGGACCUGGCCUACUGCCUGAACGGCGGCGAGUGCUUUGUCAUCGAGACGCUCAGCGGGCCGCACAAGCACUGCAAGUGUAGAGAAGGCUACCAAGGAAUCCGCUGUGACCAGUUUCUGCCCAAGACAGACUCCAUCCUGACUGACCCAAUAGAUCACUUGGGCAUCGAGUUUAUGGAGAGCAAAGAGGUCUACAAGAGACAGGUGCUGUCAAUCACAUCCAUCGCUAUGGCGAUCGGCCUCCUGGGGACCCUGUGCAUAGCCCUCUACUGCCGCAACAAGAGGCGCAGAGAGAAGCUCCAGGCCCACCUGAAGGAGAGUCGCAGUUUGAAAAACUACACUGCUAAUUCACACAACGCCCUGGACGCCAAGAUGAGGCUCCCCAACACCAACCUGCAAAUGCACGAGUACUGCAAAGGCUCCUCCCAGUCCUCCCAGUCCCGCCAGGGCAACGCUUAUGGCUCCAGCUUCGCACACUGCAACAUCUCCACCGGCGGCUCGGCAGCCAAACAUCAGAGCCCGGAUCAGAGAACCCGGGAAGCCCAUUGGUCAGCUCCACGCAGGACCCCGCCCAUACCCAGGGGAAAGCUGAAUUCGAUUGGAGGAUCUAAGUAUUCAGGCCACGCCUACCAACACCUUCAAGAAGUGGACUCGUCCGAGCGGGACGCUGAAGCACAAAGAGGUUGCCAUGUGGAGGGCCGACGCGACGACCCCAGACGAGACGCCUUCCUACAUAUGCAAACUCCCGUUUCCACGGAGACCCCGUCGCCGUGUCCCGGCUCGUCCGCCGAGCGCGGCGAUCCGAAUCCCGACGGCCGCAGCCUGCGCCGUCCCGUCCGCCGCCGCAGCCGGUCGCCGCCUCCUCUUCCUCCUGCUCCUCCGCCGUUUCGCUCCUGCUCCAUCCCCAUCAUCCCCUCCGUCCAGUGUCACCACGGCAACGAGGCGUCCUGCAUGCAGACCGAGGCGUGCGGAACGCCGGCCGCCUGCUGCGAGGGAGCGAGGAGAGAGAAGGCGGGGCACGCCGCCGCGGCGCCGUUCGCCUCCUCUUCUUCUUUCUGCUCGUCCGCCGGCGGAUCGACGGCGCCGCCGGCGGAAGCCAGAGAAACUGUUUGCUUCUUGAACCUUAACGGAGGGAGCGCCGGGGCGCUGAGCCGCACCGGACCCACGCAGACUCAGUUGCUCAGCCCCAGCCUAUCACACAGAGACCUGGGCCUCAGCAGCCAAUGAGAGGACGCGCUUUAGGACACACGGCGUUUGACAGGCGUUCCUGCAUCUUUGAGACAAAAAAUUAAAUACAAUUUAAAAAAAUAAUAACAUCAUGGAAAUUGUAAAAACGUGCCGAUGAUGGACCGACUGACAGGAAGAAGAUUUAGAAAAAAAGAAAAAAAGAUAUUUACAUGCAUUUAUUUACAAGAGAAAACACUCCUACUUAGGCAAAAAGAAACCAAAUAGUCUGUCAAAACUCCAUGGUGUUUUUAAAAAUUGUAAAAAGAAUAUAUGAAUAUAUAUAUAUAUGGAUAUAAAUAUAUGGAAUUUCAAAAAGUGACCAAGUACGACGUUGAAGAAACACAGGAAUGAUGUAAAGACUUUUUUUUCUUCUUUUUUUCUCUUCUCCCGUUUUUUUGGGUUGGGGGUAUUUAAAAACUCGGUCAAAUUUUUUUGGGGUUCUGGCUCAAUUGUUUCACGAACCAACGAAACGUCGUUAACGAAACGUCGUUAACGAAACGUCGUUAACGUCCCGCCGCGAGCCGGAGUCCGUGGGCGGUGCACAGAGGAGACUCCGCCCCCUCCUCCACCCCCCCCCCCCCCCAUCUCCGGCCUUUAUCAAAACCUGUCCACCCAGCCAAGAAUUAGUACAGUACCAACAACACUCUAAGGAUUUACGACAAAAAAACUCCUCUGUGUGUGUGUGUGUGUGUGUGUGCAGAAAUGGAGAAGCAGAAAACAACUUCUUCUGCAGUUGGUGAGAUUUGUUCAAAGAUGGAUGCUGACUCCACUGAUUUAAACCAAUCCACACUAUUUUUUCUUUUUGUUACAGAUUAUAUUUUUUUCAAACACGUAUGCACAAACACACACACACACACUCACACACUCACCCGAGCGUUACUUUCGGUUGGAUGAACGGACCAAAGGAAGGACUAAAAUGCAACGCAGGAGCUAAUCUGCCUUUUUUUUGUUCCUCCAUCUUUUGGGUUAUUAAUGAACAAUGCUGCUUUCCUACAGGGCCGACGGGAGGGAGGACCACGCGGUGAUUCGGGGGGAUUGAAACAAAAUAAAUGUCUCUAUGUUGUAUCCUAUGAAUGGGAAGCUUUUGAAAUCUCUGUAUGAACGUACAGCCAAAUGUUUCUGGUGACAAAAAGUAAAACAGUGGUUGCAACUCUGGUAAAGAUUUUUUUCAAAAAUAACCCUGGUCCUGGUUGGUUGAUUGCUCAGAUGACAUUUUGACACCUUAAAAAGCACCCUUACCGAAAUGUGCAUGCUGGAUUACACCAGUCUGGUUUACAGUGAGAUACCGUAUUUCUCCGUUGGCCUUUUUCUCACACACACACGCACAGCAUUCACAAAGUUCCACCAUCCAACUAGCUGGUAGUUUCCUCUUUUCACCACGCUGCCUGGAAUACAGAAAUUAAGGAUUAAAUAAUGAUUUUUAAACACGGUUUGAUUUCAAAAUCCAUUUCAUCCAUUUAUGAAAAUACAUUGAUACCCCACAUUUUCCGAAACCCAAACAUCUCCAACCAGAUACAACUUUAUGUCGAUUGAUGUCACGAGUCUUUUGAGACGGAUUUUUAAACGUUAUUAGUAAGCAGCAUCUCUUGGUUUUUAUUCAACUCUCGGUUUUUUCCCACGUUUUUUUCCAGCGGUCUCUAUUCCAGAUGUCAUUUUUUAAUGAAAAUCCUCAAAAAGGGAAAGGGAGAGGAGGUGGCCUUGCUUCUAAGGAAUCCUACCAAUUG